AUGGCUUCCACCACGACAUCACCACACCAGUAUCCUCUGGUCAAGCUGCCCUAUCCUUUCCUGACAUCAUAUCGAGUCAAUGUUGUCUCGUCAAACACACCUGCCAGACGGGUCUUGCAUCUUGACGAGCAACCCUCCAAUGGAAAGGCUCCAACUGAAGCCUUGCACUCAGACUCGCUGACAUGGCUGGACCUGCAUACAACACCCAAAGAAUCACACCCUCCACUCAGCGACAACAGCGAUUGGGCUCGCGCGGUCCGUGGUCCGCAAACAACCUUCAAAUGGCCUGAGAGCACUGCUCCCACCCUCGGCCAGGUGUGGAAUGUCGUCCACGCCAUCUACCUCGCCUACCCCAACACCGAGCACUUCCGCUUGACACUGCAAGGCGGAGAGAAACAAACCUUACACGAUGAACUGCUGGCCACCGGCCUCGCCAUCGAGCACCCCAAAGCAUGGCAUCUGCCCAACGAGUCUAUCCCUCGCACCAACGAACUCCUCAUCCUGCGCAGUUCCUUCUGGCAAGGCGCCGCAUCACCCACCGGUCCACGCCCUAUCUGGGUGCUCGGCGACGGCAUCGACGCACACCUCCGCACACCCCUCUCCAACUACCCAAUCAUGCCCGAGAACCACCACUUCACCAUGAAGUUCCCUGCUGAACGCGUCUACGCCCGCCACCCCAUCCGCCGCCCCAAGCCCGCUCCCCAGAGUAUCUGCUACUCGCGCUACAUCCCCGAAGUGGAUCAGCACUUCUCUCUGCAGGUCGUGGACUGGACAUGCCCCGACCACCUCAACCUCUUCCACACAUGGCAAAACGACCCUCGUGUCGCCAAAGGCUGGAACGAAACAGGCGACCUCGAGCACCAUCGCAAUUACCUGCGUAACUUACACUACGAUCCUCAUGUGUUGUGUCUCUUUGGCCGUUUCGACGAUACACCCUUCUCCUACUACGAACUCUACUGGGCAAAAGAGGACCACUACGGCGCUCACUUCGCCGCCGGCUCCUACGACCGCGGCCGCCACUCCCUCGUCGGCAACCCCUCCUUCCGCGGCGCGAAACGCGUCAACGCAUGGUACUCUUCCUGCAUCCACUACUGCUUCCUCGACGACCCACGCACUGAAAACGUAGUGGGCGAGCCCAAAGCUUCCGGCAGCAUUAUCCUCAGUUAUGAGCAAAGUCAGGGGUUGGCGAUUGGAAAGUUUGUGGAUCUGGGACACAAGAGGAGUGUGCAUAGUCAUGCGAGCAGGGAAAAGUGGUUUCAGCUGUGCCCUGUGUUUUGGGAUGGGAGGGAGAGGCCGUUGGAGAGUGCUGAUCGCGCUGCUUGGGCUGCUAAGCUGUGA